AGAAGGUCCACUCUAAUCGAAAAACAUAUGAGUGCCAUUCUCUGGAACUCAAUUCUAACCAAGCUCACCACUAAUUCUGUGCUUUGCUUGUGAACUUUUGUAUUGUGAAAUACAAAUGUAUUUCGAUACUUUACAAAACCAUUCACAUAUUUAAAGAGUGGCUUUUGGCCAUCACAAUUCAGUAUUGGCAUAGACUUCAAAAGGAAGACCUUACGAAACUCACAAAAUUAUAACCAUGGAAGCAGAAGCUCACGAAAGUAGUCCAUCCUUAUCUGCAAAUACAAGUGAUUCAUCAAAGGUGCCUGUGCUCAAGAUAUCCGGAAGGGGCACGUCAGAAUGGAAUACACCUCGCACUAGGGGGAAAAAGAAGACUCCGGUGGUUUUGGAAGAACCUAAAGUGAAUCCGCACACAUUUCCAGCGAUAUUGAGCAGGAUUCUACUGAAGACCGAUGUUCCACCUGUUGCUCCACCGAAAUUAAAUCCAGACGACGGCACGCAGUACCUUUGCUUCCUGUGCCUCGAGAAGCCGGAGAGUCGAAAGCGCGUCUAUCACAUGUUCAUAACGACUGGAAAGGAACUGGGAAGGGACUACGAUCACACGAGGAAACUGUACGAGAAUCGCAAGGAGUUCAAAUAUACCAAUAACAUAUCCGUGGAAACGGUCUGUGCACGGGCAUUGUACCGCCGAGUUCAAAAGAAGUUCACUGAUGUGCAGUGGAACAAGCUGGGAAACGUUUUUGAGACUGACAUGAUCGGACACACUGAUACCUGGGGUGUUUCUCAACGAGUUUAUGCUAUGCGUAUCGAGGAGCACGAACGACUAUUUAAUUACAUCAAGUUUCUGAACUCAACGAAGAGCUAAUUUACAUCUUUCUAGUAUAAGUUGCCACCAGUACCAAAUGUGAUAUCUUGUUCUUUUUUAAUAUUAAAUCGCUUACUUGCGGAUUGUUUGAUUACAGUAA